AUGGAUAGUCCUCAUCGUGGUCUACCUGGAAUCAUUUACCGCUACGAUUCGAUGGAUUCGCAGCUUGUGGAGUUAGCUGAAAAUAUUAAACAGAGAGGUCGAGAUGGUGCGUUUCCUCUUUUCAAAGAAACGGGAUCAGAAUUCGUCAUGCCCAAGUUUCCCAUAGAGCGAAAAGAAAUGGAAUCGCACAUCUUAGAGCUGCGCAUGUCAAGAGACCCGAUCAAAGUAGCUGUGAGCUUACCUUCGAGUGAAGAAGUUACCUCUGAACUCCUCUCCAAUUCGGUGAAAAGAAAUUCUGGAUUCGGAAGCACUUUUCGUACUCGGACGUUCACGAACGAUUUUGAAGAGCUCUCAGGGGGAAAUUCCGUCCCAAAGUCAGAUUCCGUUGCAUUGGAUUCAGAAGCCUUAGCGUCAUCAAUUUGGCGUUUAAUAAGCGUACCAGCCUCACCAGGUGCUUCUGGAGAAGUAGCACAAGUCUUCACAGCUCCUCAUCACACUACGUCCUGCCCUCAGCCAGCUGAGAUCGAUCCUCUGUUGCGCGAGGAGGAAAGUGCUGUGGAAGCCAACAUUGAAUCGGCUGCGGUGGAAUUCCAAAGAGUUCAGAUAUGCGGUGAGGAUACUCUGGAUGUGAGUUUUGGUUUACUGAAUUGGCGAUUGUUUGGAGAGUUUGAUCUGUAUGGCCGUUCUAGGUAG